AUGCAUUUUAUUGUAUCAAAAGAGCGCGUGAAAAAAGGGAACGUCAUGGUGUGUUACUAUGACUCUCAGCUCGAUCCAUCACAUUUCCGUUUGAUUCAAGCAUCUGUUCCUGAAGUUUUAAAGUGGUUUAGCGAUUUGUCCGCUUCUAAGCGUGUAGAAUUUGUUUGCGGCUUACUUCAGUUAUCUACGCCACCAGAGCUAAGGUUCUACGGCAGCUGCUUGGAAGAGAUUGCCCGUCAAGAUUACGAAAGUCUCCAUGAUUCUGAAAUACAGGCAAAUGCACCCAUGGAAAAUUAUGGUGUUUUAACUUUGUAUAAUACUGUGCCAUUGAAUCCUGGUAUUUCCACUUUGGUAACUCCAAUUUCUAUCCCGAUUCCUCCCUCAUUUAUAAUAUUAAAUAACAACCCAACAUUGCGAUCUAAACUUAUUAUCAGUCUUUCACUACUUAAUUCUACAAAUAUACCAGCAGCUACAAGUUAUUUUGAAAUGUUAAUGGCUGAUGAGAGUGACACACAUUCGCCGAAUGAUCUACAAAUAUCGACUACCAUGUUUAAAACAUCUUCCCUUGUAAAAUGUAAAUCAUCUAAGAGUGGGUCUGUUUCAUCAGACGACAGUGAUGACGAACUGUCUUCAGUAGAUAUUUUAAGGACUAUUAACCCGCAAGUCUUGGAUGAAAUCAUGCUCAUUUACACACUUGCGGCAUUUCAUCCUGCUUUCUCUUUUGACCAGCGACAACGUUUGUAUAAGCGUUUAUCCAUCGUAAAAGCCUUAUCCGAUCAUUCAGUAAAAAUUGCUCAACUUGCCAAUCAGUAUAAAGAUCCAAAUAAACAUGUCCUUAGUGGGUGGGAAAAGCCCCCUCGAAAAUCACAGUCUCCAUCUAACUAUAAACACCAUUCCUGUCUAAAUUUUCCUGCCAGAUCUAAUGUUCCGCUGUGUCCUGCACCAAGACAAUGUCGUCUUCACGGUGACCAAAGCUCCAUCAAUCAAGACUCCAAUAAUAAUCUUUCUACAAAGUAUUCACAUUGUGGUUAUUUGCUGUGUCAUUGCUCACAAUGCCAUCAUCGAGGUUCUGUAACACGUUCAUUACGUCGGCAUAGUUUACCGUCAGAUUGUUUGCGUUUUUGUGGAUAUGACAGUGACGAAAACAAUAAGGAACUUAUUUCAAUUACCAAUCCAAGUACCGUAGAUAUGCAUUUCAACAAUAAAAGUGAUACAUUGGAUGUAUCAUCGGUGACAAGCAUUCAAAGUGAUUCAUCAUCUAUUAGUAGACCAGAUGAUUCAUUAGAGUCUACUAACCGACGAAGGCAUGAUGCUUUCGGGAGAUUUGAUGCUAUUAUUAUUAUUACUACUACUACUACUACUGUUACUACCACUGCUACUAGUAGUAAUCAAAGGUCCAAUGAUGAACACUAUCCUAGGACUACACGUUGUUUAUCAUGUCGAGAAUACGAUAGUCAAACUUGUAAUGGAGAGUUAUCUACUCAUGAUUCUGAUUUGAAUUAUCUUAAAGAAGUACAUCUUUGGUUGAAAAAUCCUAAUCGAUCAGUUACUAUUGGCGAUCAAUUUAAUUCUUCUCCAAAUACAAUAUCGACAAAAUCUUCAAUAAGUUUAUCGACUUUAUCCGAUAAUAUUCACACAUCUUUCCCAUCUAUGUUAUCAAAUUCUCAGUCUACAUCUAAACUACAGGUAUCCGAUGUAGUGGAUCCAUUGUUGUUGACCAAGAACGAUAAUCAUAAUGGUAAUAAUAAUUCCAGUUGUUUGGAACAAACACUUCCAGCCAGUGUUUAUGAUAAUCAUCUAGACUUGUCUGCUGACUGCCAAUCUAUUAGCGAACUAUGCAUAAAUACAACAAGAACCUUAACAGCUUCUGAUGGGCCUUCCGUUUAUAAAGAUCUAGUUCGAUCAUCUGAGGAAUUUACUUCGUGUUCGCCACCGAUUAACCUGAGUUCAAUGAAUAAUCCAAUGUAUUCCUCGUCAUCUACAUCGAACAGAAGAGUCGUAGCCACAACAUCAAGUUCAGACUUUCGUUUUGGUGCUGAGAAAUGCUCGAAAACAAUAUCAGACUUUUGCCCCCUAUUUCCAAAGCGUCAUAGUUCCGGUUCUUCUCCAAUCUCCACACCACCUUCUGAAGAAAGCAGUUCUGACUCCACUGCACUAAAAGCAUCUUCACCGGAAUAUUGGACUCCAAAAGGCGCAUCACGUUAUUUUCGUGGAAUAUACACACCAUACCAAUCUUACAGUCAAACAUUUCGUCCUGUUGUGAAUCAUUCUCGAGAAUCUCAAGUAAAAAACACUUCCUCUUCAAGUCGAUUAUCCCAAGCAUCUCAUUCGAUGGUUGUAUCACAGUCCAGUAGUGUAUCAAAGCGCAAAUCUUACAAUCAAUUCACCUUGGAGGAUUUCCCUUCAUUAUCAACUUUACGUUCCAUGGUCAAUGCGGAAUCAUCAAAUGUUUCAACUAAACAUAAAACGAGUAAUGAAAAUUACAGUUCUUUUAAUAGUCAUAUCAAUCAUAGUUGUAACAACAGUAAUGAUAAUAAUAAUGCAUGUACUCGUCAAUUACCGAUCACAUCCACUACUUUUCCCGCGUCCUCGUGUGAAUUACCUAAUAGUGUACAAAAUUCUCAAUUAGAUUUUGAUAAAUUUCCAGUUGUUUCUAACUACAUGAUACAUGGUGAAAACGAUAAUACGGUUUUAAAAUCAAUCUCAUCGAAUUCAACUGAUAAUAUUCAAUUUGAGCCAAGUGUUUUCUCUUCUAAUUCGUCGAAUUUUCUUCCGAUUAUAAUAACAAAUUCAACUACUUCUUCACAUAUAUCUGUGUUACCACGUGUUACCACUAGUACUACUAUUACUACUACUAUAUCUGUCUGUACUGCUUGUACUGCUACUACUGGCAGCAAUAAUUUUUCCAUCUCACCACAUUAUUGGAUGUUACCUGAAGGUCCUAUACCAAUACUUCCUUCAACAUUAUAUUCGCCAUAUCUAUUGCCUACAUCUACAAUUUUAGAAAAUUUCCAGUCUAUGCAAAGACUACCUAUGUUAUAUCAGUGGACAGUCCAAUCGGCGGAUACAUCUAGUAACAGUAUUAACUGUAUUAACAAUGUAUGUGCAUCUUUUAUACCAUAUUUAUCGCCCUGUGUUGGUAUUUUCACUACAAACUCUGUGAAUAAUAAUAAUAAUAAUAAUAAUAAUAAUAGUGAUGAUGAUACACAAUGUGCCAAAAUGAAUAUUCCGGAGAUUAGUACAAUUUAUCAUUCCCCUCAAGAAUCUGAUAACGACGAACACGAUAAUAAUGAUGAUCAUGAGCAUAAUGAUAUCGAAAAGAAAAAGAAAAUCAAAGAACUAGAUAGUCCAUUACAUUCUACCAGUACCACUGAUGUCUCUAUGAAUAAUAAUAAUCACAACAUUGAAGUAACUACUAACAUCACUCCUCUUGAAACUACAAGUUCUUCAAUCUGUAAUUCUCAGGUGGAACUACUUCAUAAAGGCUUGUUUUCACAAUCAUACAUCUUAUUGCCUUCAUACCAUCCUACUCCUAUCCCUACUACUACCACUAAUAUUCUCCCAUAUUCAACUUCUAAUAUGUAUGUUAACACUUUAAAUUCUUGUGGAAUAGUACAAAAUUCACCUGUUUGUCAAGCAAGUAUAACGAUAACAACAAUUUGUAAUAAUAAUAAUAGUGGUGGUAUCGAUCUGAUUACAAAUAGUAAUAAUUUGCUUACAAAUCAUCAGUUGAAUACAACUAUGAUGAAGCAACUAAAUGAUGAACGGAAUUUACCAGAGAAUAAAAAGAUAAAUGUGUCAAACGAUACAAAUAUCUGUCCAGUAUCACAUGAAAAAACGUUUAAUGGUAUCAACGCCACAGCGAAUAGUACGACCUCACCUUCCUUUGUGACUACUGAUACUACCAUUUUAACGACGAAUUUGAAUAUUAAUCGUAUCCAUUCAUCUAACCGCCUAAUACCUCAUCAAGCAUAUGGUUCUAAUCGUACUGAUAUAAUCACUACGGAGGAAACUCAUAAAAAUCCACCAGUGAAUACUGUUGAGAAUUGUGACUGUUCAGAUUCUACCAACAGUAGCAAACCUUAUCCCUUAUGGUCUACUAAUGAAACUGUUUGUAAUCCUACUUGGUUCUAUCCUCGUUUUCCUGGUCGACCUGAUUCUUCAAGUGGUAUACCCUCCAGUACUUCCGGGUCCCAACGUACUUACCCUACUCGUGGUUAUUCACCUAUGAAUUUCAAUAAUUCUGUUCUACCACGCGGCUAUGCUCAACCUCAAAUUGCCAGUUCGUUUUACUAUACACAACACCCUGGUUUAACAUUAGUUCCAAAUUCUGUGUCCAGUCAUUCACCAUUUAUUGGUUCAGUUCCUAAUCCAAAUAUGCACUUCCAACAACCACAUCCCUUAUACGGUUUAGUUCCUAGUCCAUCUUCGACUUCUGGGACAUCACUGAAUGGAUACCCAGGAAUUCCUAUGGCCUCUACAAACUCAAUUAAAUCCAACAUUUCUUCCAUAGGUCAGUCAUCAGUAGCAUCAGUUGAUCCUAUAUCAACAGCAGCCUUACUACAAAAUGCUUUGAUUCAAAUACCAAAUGUUCCUUUGCUACAAAACUUCGUGCUACAUCCGCCUUUACAUCCAACAUAUCCUCCGCCAAUACCAAAUAUACCAGCUAAUUGUGCCAAUAAUCCUGCCAUGACAAUUUCUUCUUGGUCAUCAAUAAAUGGACCUAGAAUAGUCAGUUGUUACAAUUGUGGUCAGCCAGGACAUAAAGCUAAUGUUUGUCCAUCUAGAUGGUCUAGUCAACAAUUAUCAGAAAAUGUUUUCUCGUUAAAUUGUGCUCCAAGAAAAUAGUAUCACACUAUAAAGUAGUAAUUAUGAAUCAAAACAACUCUGGAGAAUCACAACCACCGCCGCAUAAACUAUGCUGCUGACUGUGGAACAGAAUUAUUAUUUCCAAUUACGGCAAUAGACACCGUCAUUACUAACGAACUAAUCGCAUUCAUGUCCAUAAUGAUGAUUAUUUCAUUCUCUGAUUUUUUUUCUUAUCAACAAAAAAUAAUUUACACAGUCAAAAAAAAAUACUAAUUACCGUCUUGCCGAGACAUGGAUACCCAAGCAUUGCCUUGACUCAUAUCGUUCUUCUAAUUCAAUGUCCAAGUUAAUAGUAGAAAAAAAACUGUAUUUUUGAAAGAACCUGAAAAGUUCUUCUUCUUUUUUUACUAUUGAUUUUGACAUGAGUUUACAGAUACCUAUCAUCUUACAAACCUUGUAUUUUAAAUUGAUAUCUAUGCAUGUUAAUGUGUUUGUGUAGAUGGUGUGUAUAUGUGGUUGGGUAUCUUACUUUUAAAGCAGUCAAUAUAUACUGAACAAAACAAUAAGUCCAACAAUUCUUCCUAGCAUUGUUUUACAUUUCAUCCUGAAUAUUGAAUUCCUUUUUAACUAUUAUUAUUAUUAUUAUUAUUCCCAUUUAAAAGAAAGUAUGAUGAAUUCUUUUUAUAAUAUCUAUCACAUAUAGAUUGUAGAGAGACACAUUGCUUGAUCUAGAUAUUCUAUACACACAAUUGUUUGUUUUUUUUUAUUACCCCCAUUUACUUAUUUGUAUUCUAGCUUGUAAAUACUUAUACAUUGUGUAUAUGUUAUUCACCUGUUUAAGUAAAACUAAACUUUAUUUUGAAUUAGUAGUAUUUUGUUGACAAUAUAAGCCGUUCCUUCUUUUAUUUUGUAUUGUACACAAGUUAUUAUAUAUGUAUGCUAAUUAGCUUCAUUUUAUUCAAUACCUGAGAGAAACUAUGCCAUAUACAACUUACUUUACAAAUAUUUAUGAUAAACAUAAUUUGAUAUUUAUCUAAUAAGUCGGAUCGCUGCAUGUUUUACACACUAUGGAUCACGGACGAUAAAACAAAUUGUAUUUUCUUCUUUGAUGUAGUCCAUAUUGAAAUUGUGCUCCUGUUUUUUUCCCUGUGCUCCUACUCACCCCUACUGGAAAGCUCCCUAAGCUAGGGAAAAUGGUAAAUAAGCACGAUGAAAACAAAAGUAUAUAUGUGUGUGCUUUAUUCUAUGUGAGAUCCAUAGUCAUCCUUUUUUUAAAAUUAUUUCCCUUCAUUCUUGUUUUUAUAGUCGAUUAUUAUUAUUCAGUUAGCUUUUUGCCUGCCUACCUACCUGUUUAUCUAGAUGUUUUUGUCUGUUUUGCGUCAUGUUGCGCACACGACACCAUAUAACAUCUGUUUUUUGCUUAGAUAUAUGCAUUUCCUUACGUAUACAUAUAUGUUGUCUCCAUUCUCAUUAUGCCAUGGCAGAUAAGAAGGUAGACAUAAUAUGUAUUCUGCUUUUAUUCAGGUGAUAAUAAUAACAAUAAUAGUGGUAAUUAGUUGUUACUAUCUUGAGACAAACACUUGUUACUGUUGUUGCUACUUCAUUGUCUUUCUCCAAAUGUGUAUCUUUAUACUAGUGUGAAUAAAUCUCUACCCAUUUAACCUUUACAAUUUGUUUCCAAUUAUGUAUGUUUGAGCCUGUGAAAAGAUGAACAAAUAGACAAAAUGUCCACUUUACUUUCUCCAUCCCCUUACCCUAUUCCAAUAGCCAGUUAUCAUAAUUUGUGUAUGUAUUUGCAUAUACUUCUAUUCUCAAUUGCCUCUCUCUUGAUCGUAUUAGUAGGUAGUACAGUUUUUAUUUUUUAAAAAUUGUUAAUAAAUUAAAAAAACAAAUAGAAAUCUCAACAUUCUG